CUCAAGAAACGAAACGAAACUCCAGUCAAACGCGGCUUCCCUAUUCCGAACACAGAAACGAAAUGUGGAUAUUUCUAUCCCUCGAGGGAUUAGGGGACAUGUGAGUAAGAGGGGCACCAUGAAUACAAAGGGGUCCGUUGUGACCCCCAAUAUAGAAGACCCCCAUUCAGAGAAGACGCAUUCCAUACAAGAGACUAAAGCAACAAUACAUAAUACACAAACUGAUCCUGUGUCAUCAGAGAACACUGAUCACAAUGAACAUAAUGAUCAUGGCUCCAAGAAUUUAAUUCAGUCGAUGCGAACAGACGCUCCUGGACCCAGCUGUAGAUCCAUGAAGAGCAAUUGGUCUGUGGAUGCUCCACCAAACCUCCAGGAUAAAGAUAUAAACACUACACACAGACCAGUCCUGCGGGGGGGAAAUGGUUCAGUCUCAUCAGUUCCCAGCCUUUUUUCCAUGAAGAGUAACCGGUCUAUGGAUCCCCCAUUGAAAUUAGAGAGAGAACAUCCAUCAGAACCAGUUUUAGACCAACCAGAGGCAGGAGAUGAGGAAACCGACAUUCUACAAGGGCAAAUGUGGAAUGAGGUCUUCAAAUCAAAUCUGAGGAAGAAGUUUGAGUGUUUGUAUGAGGGAACAUCACAUGAGAGAAACCCAACUCUGCUGAAUGAGAUCUACACAGAGCUCUACAUCACAGAGAGUGAAAGUGGAGAGAUCAGUAAUGAACAUGAGGUGAGACAGAUUGAGACACAAUCCAGGAGAACAGCAACAGAGGACACACCGAUCAAAUGCAACGACAUCUUUAAAGCUUUACCUGCACAAGACAAACCCAUCAGACGUGUGCUGACAAAGGGAGUCGCUGGCAUUGGAAAAACAGUCUCUGUGCAGAAGUUCAUUCUGGACUGGGCUGAAGGGAAAGAGAAUCAGGACGUCCACCUCAUAUUUCCACUUCCUUUCAGAGAGAUCAAUCUGAUGAAGAACCAAACACUCAGUCUUUUACAUCUUCUUCAUCUUUUCUUCCCAGAGACAAAAGAAAUGGAAAUCUCCAGCGGUGAAUAUAAAGUGUUGUUCAUCUUUGAUGGUUUGGACGAGUGUCGCGUGUCUCUGGAUUUCCACAGCAGUGUGAGGUUGUGUGAUGUCAAUGAAUCAGCCUCAGUGGACGUGAUCCUGACAAACCUCAUGGCGGGGAAUCUGCUUCCCUCCGCUCUCAUCUGGAUCACCUCCAGACCAGCAGCAGCUGAUCUCAUCCCCUCUGAGUGUGUUGAUCGAGUCACAGAGGUACGAGGCUUCACUGACAAACAGAAGGAGGAAUACUUCAGCAAGAGAAUCAGUGAUGAGAGUCUGAACCACAGAAUCAUCUCACACCUGAAGUCAUCCAGGAGCCUGUACAUCAUGUGUCACAUCCCAGUGUUCUGCUGGAUUUCAGCCACUGUUCUAGAGAGAAUGUUGAGUGAAGCAGAGAGUGAAGGAGAGAUCCCCAAGACUCUCACUCAAAUGUACACACACUUCCUGAUCAUUCAGACACACAUCAAACAUCAGAAGGACUAUGAGAAGAAAGAGCAGAAUGAUGAAGACAUGAUCUUCAAACUGGGCAAACUGGCCUUUGAGCAGCUUGUGAAAGGCAAUGUGAUCUUCUAUGAUGAGGACCUGAGAGAGUGUGGCAUUGAUGUAGCAGAAGCAUCAGUGUACUCAGGAUUGUGCACUCAGAUCUUCAGAGAGGAGUUUGGCUGGUAUCAGGGGAAAGUUUACUGCUUUCUUCAUCUGACCAUUCAGGAACAUCUAGCAGCUCUGUAUGUGCACACAUCUUUCCGUCGUGGAGAUACGGGCAUUCUUAAUCACUGGAAAACAUCCAACAUUGCUACCUGCUUCAAAUGUUCCACCAUUUCUGAGUUUCACAAGACCGCUGUGGACAAAAUGUUGCAAAGCAAGAAUGGGCAUUUCGAUCUUUUCCUCCGCUUCCUCUUGGGUCUCUCACUUGAUUCAAACCAGGAUCUUCUGCAUCACAUACUACCACAGAUAUCAACUGUUUCUCCUGAUGGUGUGACAGAAACCACAGACUUCAUAAAGAAUAAAAUCAGGAUGAACCUCCCCUCAGAAAAAUAUAUCAGCCUGUUUCACUGCCUUAAUGAACUCAAUGACUUUUCUUUAGUAGAGGAAAUACAAAGUUUCCAAAAAAACAGAAAACUCGCGAAAACCAGGCUGUCUGCCUCGCAGUGGGCGGCUCUUGUGUUUGUCCUGCUGUCGUCUGAAAACAAACUGGAUGUGUUUGACCUCAGGAAAUACAGUCAGAACGAUGCAGAUGAAUGCCUGGUGAGGAUGUUACCUGUUGUCAUGGAAGCCAAAACAGCUGAACUCAGACACUGCAGUCUCUCCUCCAAAGGUUUUCAGGGACUGUGGUCAGCGCUCGGCUCAAAGUCCUCCUCUCUCAAACAUCUGAAACUCAGUGGAAAUUCACUCAGUGGUCCUGGAAUGAAGAUUCUAUCUGAUGGGUUGCAGAAGUUGCACUGUAAACUUGAGACACUAGAAUUAUCAGAGUGUGGUAUAACUGCUGGAGAUUGUUCAUCUUUAUCAGCGGCUCUUGACUCAAAUCCUUCCCAUCUGAUGGAGCUGGACCUGACCUUCAAUCAUACUGGAGAUGCAGGAGUGAAAACAUUAUUGCAAAUGCUGACGAACCCAAACUGUGCACUACAGAAAUUAACACUGGUGAGCUGUGGUCUUACAGGAGAGAGCUGUAGAUCUCUGGCUGAAGCUCUGAGCAGAAACUCCUCUCUCGUGGAUCUGGACUUGAGUAAAAAUCGCUUGAUGGAUUCAGGCUUGAGGCUUCUUUGUGAUGGACUGAAGAGUCCUUCCUGUAAACUGAAAACUCUAAGUUUAGAGGACUGUGGUCUCACAGAACAGUGCUGUAGAGGUCUGUGUUCAGCUCUGAGAUCAAACUUUCUUCAUCUGACUGAACUCCGUCUGAACAGAAACAAGAUACAAGACUUAGGAGUGAAGAUGAUCUCUGAUUUGCUGAAGGAGACACAGUGUAAACUAGAGAAACUGAGGUUGUCAUACUGUGAUGUCACAGAAGGGGGCGGUACUGAGUUGGCUUCAGCUCUCAAAUUAAACCCCACCCACCUCAGAGAGCUGGACCUUUCCGGGAACAAACUGGGUUCAGCAAAGAAGCUGCUCACUGCCCUACAAGAGCAUUCAGGUUAUAAACUGGAAAAACUUAAGAUAGAUAGAUAAAUAAAGAGCCAACAUGGAGCUGCGUGUAACUACAAAGAAAUUAAAAAUAAUUAUAUCAUGGUCUGUUUGAAUACUUAAUUCAGAUUGGCUGGAACGUGUGCAUUAAAACCGGUAGUUCCAGUCAGUUUGAUCAACAUUUGAUAUUAACUGAUGAAAUAGCUGUCAUUUGAACCUGUCUGAUCAAAAAUGACAACGUAAACAUUAAUAACAGCUUUAACCUGGCAAAUGACCAUGGUAUAUGCGGGAUAAUCCACGGCUAGCCGUGCAUUUAUUUAUUUAUUUAUUAUUUAUUUGCCUGGCUAGCUGUGGAUUAUUCCUUACUUGUAGUCAAACAUUCUUAAAAAGGAAAUUGAUGAAAUGAAAGAGUUUGGUAUUAAAAUGUUCUCCUACGAGUUAGAUAAUAAUUCUGCAAGACAGAUUUCAUGAGUUUAUGUGCCCGCAUAACCUUGGCAAAUAGUUUUGGUUUGCUGUCCGUUACGGACUCAAAAUGAGACCCAUUCUCACAUUUGGACGAAUAGCAGGGUAUUUGUGUUCAAGAGAGUCUUUUAAAGUCUUUCACAACUUGUCAGGAAGCGCUUCAUUACAAAAGACACAGAAGAGGAAGAACGUCUGUUAAACAGAGAUUAUCUACAGUAAGAAUCAGACAGUCAUGCAAGUUUAACUGUAAUAGAAAGCUUUCUUGAAAUAGGAAAUGUCUUCUUAUCAUUCGAAUUGCUAACAGGCCUUUUUGUGUCUUCACACCAGUACUCGUAUAUUUUAUUACAGAUGAACUUUUUACUUGCACUUUUUACUUUCUCCGUUCAUUUUGCCUUUACUGUACAUGAGGCGAAAAUGACUCCUUUAUAAGAGCACUUUUUAGCAAAAUAUUGGACAUCUAAAAAUAUUUUCAAAAUAUAUACAUCACCUUGUUUAAUGAGACAGUUCUGCAUUCUACAGAAACGUGUUUAUGAAUUGUCUCUUAAAUUAGGUCAAAUUUUUACUUGAAAUAUGCAAUGCAGAAAGCAUCAAUACUUGUUGAUGAUAAAAUGUUUAACAAAAGACUUUAUAAAUAAAAUAAAAAAUGACAAAAUGUCACAUGCUCUCCUACUUUGGAUAAACGCGUCUGCCAAAUUAAUAAAUGUAAAUGAAUGAGUGAUAAAAGCAUAAAAAUAAAGUGGUAUUUACCAUCAUUCAUUUUUUUGUUUAUAAAUGACAAAAAUAUUGAUACAGUAGCUUUAAUGAAUUGUGGUUGUAGAAGAAAUGUGUUUAAAAUGAAUCCAGUUGUUAAGGUAAUUUGUUUUUUAUAACAUUUUUAAAACAGCAAUCCCAUAGAAGAAUCAUUUUUGGUUCCUCAAUGAACCUUUUAGUACACAUUCCUGUAGUUUAUUUGGUAGAGCAUUAUAUUAUGCAAAUGUCUUGAGUUUGAUUGCCCUAAGAAACAGUGUUAAAUAUAUAGAAUCUAUGAAUUAACAGUUUGUAAAUGUUUAGAUUGAAUGCACUGCAAGUCGCUUUGGAAAAAAGUGUCUGCCAAAUGUAAUCAUUUUAAAAUAACAGUUUUAAUGUUGUUUAUUCAUUUUGAAAGUGUAUGACAAUACGUAAGUGCACAAGACUGCCAGAAGUCUGAAAAAUGCCAGUGCUUUGACACCGCACUUUGGAGCAGUAUAGACCUUAUUCAUGCUGGUCAUGCCGGUCAUGCCGGUCAUUUCACAAAUUUCCACAGCACAGAGAACUAAAGAAAACAUGGAUUAAUUCAAUUAGAUGGGUCUAUAGCACCUAGAAGUAGGUUUUCAUUUUGCUACGGCACAUCAUUAGAAAUAUGACAGAAAAAGUUCUUCCCUAUAGAGGAGGUCAAAUUUCAAGUCAUUGGCAUGUGUUCUCUGUCAGUCAUCUUCUAUUCUUGCUCUAAAACUCUGUUUUCAACUACAAUUGGAAAAUGGAGUCGAAUGUCAAUAUGCUGUUGCCAUGAAUGUAGUAACCGUUCAGUGUGAAGCUGGAUUCCAACUUUCUUACUAAUGAGAAUACAGAUGUGAGAUGGGAGUUGUGUUUGUGAAGGACAAAAAUAUGAUCUCCCAUUGAUGAGCGCUGUCUCACAAACUGAUGUUUCUCUCUCAUGCUUCAUAGUCAUGGUCAUAAUGCUAAACUUUUUUUAUUUAUUUAGCAACUGUUGAAAAUCGUUUGAAGCUCUUUAAAGCAAUGUUUCCUUUUAUUCUUACAAAACAGUUAUAUUAUUGUGCAAGGAUCUUUAUAAUUGUGCAAGGAAAAAUAAAAUUUCCAUGUAGUUCACUAACAAUUGUUGAACCUUUUUUGCCCUUUGCCAUUAUCUUGAAACACAUCUGUAGUUGAUCAAGCCAUACGGCUUAAAAGUCAAUGUUUUAUUUGCUGUUUAUAUGAAACAAAAUAAAGAAAAAACAAAAUGUACUUGGUCCAAAG